AUGUCUAAGUGGGCCAUUGAUGCCACAAAUCGAAUCCGGAGUGAGGUUGUGUCGGGCUCUUCAAAGUAUAUUUUACAUGAACUCAGUGAGCAAUUUGAGUUAGCAUCGGCAAGUAUUGAGAACCAUUAUUUACGUGUCAGAAACGAUGCAAACAAACUAGAAUCAUGGAUGAGCAAAGUACUAGACCGGGAAGAGGAGAUUGAUGAAUUGCUCGGGGAGAGUAGCUCACCUAAAAGAGGUCGAGCUCCAGUUCAACUGCUGCCGAAGAAGACAAGUAUUGAGAAUAUUCUACCGUCGCCAAAAUCAAGAGAAGUUACUAUAAAGAUACCGUUUCAGGGAGAUGAUUUGGAUGACGAUUGUCAAAGGGAGAGCAUGACUGGGCAGGCAAGAGAGGGUGCCAAAGAGAAUAAAUUGAUUAAAGAGUCACCGACCCCAAUUGCUAUACCGAAAACCAAACUGUCUGCCAAGUCAAUGAGAAUACGCAUCACUGAGAGAGACAAUUCAGUUGAAUCACAGUCCCCAAAGUUACCAGUGACACCAAAACAAUCUAUCCAUACUUUGUCUGAUAGUGACGACUCAUUUCAAGCAAUUAGCGCAGCAAUAAAACGAAGCGUCAUGGAGAAGACGCUGACACUUGAAAGUAAUACCAAAUCUAACUCACAACACACACCUGGAAAUUCAACUUCGAGGUUUGUCCCGCUACCUACUAGAAAUCCAAUAAACAAGCCAAAAGGCCUCAUCCAGGGCUCAGGUGGCCCCUUCUCCACCAUUUCAGUCAAGAAUAGAUUCUCACCUAGAAGGCUGCCGACCCCAAGUUCCGAAACUUCCCCCAAUCAUGAUCGAUCAGGUACGAGUCUAUGGGAUAAGAUUGGAGAGUAUAGGCAAAUGUCUCCAAAGAAGCCACAUACUCCAAACCCGACUAUGUUGAGUGGAGAAAGCCCACCUCCUAAAGCAAGUGCGUCUAUUGCAAAUCGAUCCUCAAAUCCCAGAGUGUCUAUUCGAUCCUCAAAUCCCAGAGUGUCUAUUCGAUCACCAAAAUCCACUGUACCUAUUGCAAAUCGAUCGCCCACUAAGCCAAGUCCCCUACGACAACCACCAUUACAGAACUCUUUGCCAGCAAAGGUGGAUCUACCACAACUCAAAAGCCCUAAUUUGGAUCGUCUUACAGCUCCUACGGCUGCUAGCGCCGCAAAAAGAAAGAAGCAUGAUGCCAAAAAAAAUGAAAAUAGGUUUCUUACUACAACAUUGCAGAGAUCACCUCGGAAAUUUGAGAGAGCAAAGAGUGCAAAAGUGAUGGACAAAGUGGUGGCGGAACAACCCGUACAACGAUCUACAAAGAAAUCAAUGAUGGAACAACGAAGUGAAGCGGCAAAGUCGAGACAAAAAAUUGUUCUCAAUCUUCGAAAGUCUGAAUCGAAAUCUGUACGUGAUGCGACGCCGCAGACACCCAAGAAGUUCACUCCAGAAAACUUGCCUGAAGUGCUCUCUGAUGAUAACCAAUCUCCGCAUAUUCCACAAGACCAACAGAGUUAA